ACGAGUUCUAGAUCAUCGCUGUAUCAGUCUAUCUUCCAUCGCUGUUCACUGUUCCAGAUCGUCGUCCGCCGCUGUUCGCUGUUCCAGAUCGUCGUUCGCCACUGUUCGCUGUUCCAAAUCAUCGUCUGCUGCUGUUCGUUGUUCCAGAUUAGUGUUCAUUGCUGUUUGUUCAUUUCUGUGUCAUGUCGCGCCAUCUGUCUCUGUUUUUGCACUGCCGUCGCCGUCACCGCCAUCUCCUGCAUCACUAUUCUAGAUCUACAUUUCUGUUCCAGAUUUGUGCGGCUGCUGUACACCGGAGGAAGCGACACCGUGAAGACCUCCGUUGUAGCCGUGUGUCAUUGCUGUACAGCCGAGGAAGCAACGCUGCAAAGACCUCCGCUACUGCCGUGAAGACUUCCAUUUUCUGCCGUGAAGACUACACUGUGAAGGUACCUACACAAUUACAAGGUUGGGAGUGUGGAUACUAUGUUAUGAAGUUUAUGAGAGAAGUAAUCACACAACAAGAGUUGAUCAUUCCUGAAAAUUAUUUUGUUGGAGUAAGAUGUUCGUAUUUUACUAUGGAGCAAAUAGAAGAUUUAGUUGAAGAGUUGUCAGAAUAUAUUAUUGGCUGUUUGUGAUAGGAA